AUAUUUCACUUUGUUUCACCUUAUUUAACUGAACGCGAGAAUCACAGAUUGUACAAGUACCACGAAAGAUCAUUGACCUUUAGGCUUUUCGCUUACAGUAUAGUAUUCUUGUUUCCGUCGAUAAUCUUUACUAGUUGGAUUAAGGGCCGAUUCUACAGGCACCCAUUGGAACACUGGAAUCAAAUAAUAAACAUUUCCUUGCCAUUCAAUGAUACCUCCUAUCAUCUCCCUCUAUUUUCGGACGCAUACGGCCCCAUACACUUCAACAAAACAUACAGCUACGUAGUACCUAAACUCGGUGCUUUCUUUUACUACCAUUGCAACAAAUCUAUCAAUUGCAUUGACGAAAUGGUCUUCAACUUCGUUCUUUUAUUAGGACUUUAUAUGCUUGGACUCUUGAUAAAAACUUUUAGUAGAACUAUUCGGGAUCUAUGUUUCAUGCAAAACUCGGAUUUCAAUCAAGUAAAUCAUGUAGUCUACAGGACUCCGGAAUGGGAGAGGGAAUUCACGUUAAAAAAUUUGGACGAGAACACUCUCUUGGAAUGGACUAAUCAACUUAAAGUUAAAAAAGAGUUGGCUGAAAAGGAAGCCAAGAGAAAAGCCAAAAGAUUGGCAAAACUAGGAACCGUUCGUAAAGGAUAUGGCACACGUAAGCUGUACGUAGACGAGAUCGAUCUGGACGACAUGUCUGUCUAUGAUCCUUUACAAGCUG